AAGGAGACCUGCCCGAGGAAGUCUGACAGCCAGCUGUGCGCGCUGUCCAACAUCACCGGCAUCCUGCAACUCUUCAAGGUCAAGGGGAAGACACCAAGAUGGCCGAUCGGCGUGCUGUGUCUGGCGUUCUCCCUCCUGUGGGGAAUGUACCAGGCUCUGCCGGGACUCAUCGUGACGUAUCUCGUCGGGCCGCCGUUCUGCUGGUCUCCAACUUUUGUGGGGUUCUUCCAAAUGGCAAUCGCAGCGGGCUUCUUCGUGUCAGCGAUGGCCAUCAAAGUCUUCAGCAAGUAUCCAUACGGAUUGAUGACGGUUGGCUAUAUAUCGGGAAUGGGCUGCAUAGGCCUCUUUGGACUAUCCCCAUACACCCCAAACCGAGAGGUGACAGUUUUCAUCGCUGCAGCCAUUGGAUGCGUGCAGUCUACCAGCAGCACACUCCUGAGGACUGUCAUGUCUAAGAUGGUCGGACCUGAAGAACAAGGCAGCCUGUUCGGUCUGGUGUCUUUUGUGACGAACCUGUCCGCAGUGGUGUUCGUUCCCCUGUGGAACUUCGUCUACAGCAGCACCCUCUCCAUCAUGCCUGGGAUGGUGUUCCUGAUUUACAUCGGGGUUCUUCUGAUUUGUGCCGUCUUGACCGGGUUUGUGAAGUUCAAGGCUCCAGCGAUGGCGGAGGAAAACCUCGUGAAAGAAGGAAAGGAAGAGCACGACUCAACCAAACUUUAAAACGUGUGCGGUUGUGAUGUGACGUGGCGCUGGUUCACCUAUAUCCGCAGGGUAACCUAUAACCGUUGUAUUUAUGUAGACAGGGUAUCUAUUGAUAUCAAGUCGAAGGAUAGUAGUUUCAAAUUGCAAUAUAUUCAAAAUAUCGUAAUUUGAAACCACCUUCCGUCGACUUGAUAUC